UUUAUUUGUCAAUCAUAAUAUCGUCGCCACUCAAGGGAGUUCAUUCGACGAUCGUGUUCAGAAUCUGUUCAGACGUUGCAAUGACGUAAAAUCAAAAGAACAAGUUAUGCUUGUCCCUUGGAACCAUGGUGAACAUUGGAUGUUGCUUAUUUUGGCACCAUAUGCAUAUCAUGUUUAUUGUUGUGAUCCGGUGAAUUCAGAGCUAAAUAACCGUGAGGAGAUUGUAUCAGUGAUCGUCAGCGCUUUCAAUCUUUUUUUCUCUAUGAAUCUUCCUGAUGUCAAGAUCCCUGAUACUCUACGCAUUAAGCAACCUCAGUGUCCACACCAACCGGACAAUGUGGCAUGUGGAUACUACUUAAUGAGGAUGUUGAAGGAUUUGAUUGAACAUGCGAGUCCUGGGCAUUACUUGAGAACGCUAACAAGCACAUCAUAUACAGAGGCACAAAUUGAUGAGUUGCGACAAGAAUGGGUGACAUAUAUGUUGCUGAUAAUCCAAAGUUACCGACCUCGUUGAUAGGUUUUUUUUUUUAUUUUUUAACUCUUUCUUCAUACACAAUGCAAUAUUUGUUCAUUUUGAAUAUUUCUAACAAAUAUUGUAUUUCUUGUAUAUAUCUAACAAAUAUAUUUUUUCUUUCAAUUUAAUUGAUUAUUAAAUUAAUUUAAAUUUAGA